AUGUCACUAUAUUAUGCUACAGUCUUCACAAAGUAAUGUCUAGAGUCAUAAAAUUAUACUGUUUAAAAACUUUACAUUAAAUGCAAUUAAAUAUUAAAUCUCUUUCUUUCUACCCUGACUGUGGUGUCACACCUUGUCGGCUGCCUAGUUUGCCUAUAGGUACACGCCGGCCCUGGCCAUAGAGGCCGUCUCUGGAUUCUCUGUGCCCCCUAUCAUGGCCACUAAAGCCAUCCCUGAACUCUCUGGACUCUCUUUCUCUGUUCCGCCGGCCUCACUAUGGUCUUCAGCUCUUCCAUGGUCUUCAGCUCUGCCGUUUCCACCAUUUUCCUUAGCUCCGCAAUGGUCUUCAGCUCCACCAUGGUCUUCAGUUCCACCAUGUUCUUCAGCUCCACCAUGUUCUUCAGUUCCACCAUGUUCUUCAACUCCACCAUGGUCUUCAGCUCCACCAGCUACACCAUGGUCUUCAUCUCCACCAUGUUCUUCAACUCCACCAUAGUCUUCAGCUCCGCCAGUUUCACUAUGUUGUUCAGCUCCACCAUGGUCUUCAGCUCUGCCAGUUCCACCAUGGUCUUCAGCUCCACAAUGCUCUUCAGCUCUGCCGGUUCCACCAUGGUCUUCAGCUCCACCAGUUUAACCAUGCUCAUCAGCUCCACCAUGUUAUUCAGCUCCGCCAGUUCCACUAUGUUAUUCAGCUCCACCAUGGUCUUCAGUUCUGCAAGUUCCACCAUGUUCUUUCAGCUCCAACAUGGUCUUCAGUUACACCAUGGUCUUCAGCUCCGCCGACUCCACCGUAGUCUUAAGCUCUAUUUUGGUGAUCUCCUGCUCCGUCUUCUCCACCUUGGUGGUCACCUGCUCCUUUGUUCUGCCUUGGUGCUUACCAGCUCUGCCCUCGCCCCCAGGCUUCUUCCUCCUCAGGGGCCUGGCUCUCCAUCCCUUCCCUGAUCCACUUCUGCUCCACCACCCUCCUGGACUCAUGCUUCUGUUUGUGGAGCAUCUGGAAUCUGCUACUUAAAUAAGGGGGCUUCUGUUACAAUUCCUGUCUCAUUUCCCCUGUUUUGUGUUUAAGGACUUAUUUUGAAGUGUGUUUUCUAUUCCUGGUUUUCCUGGUGUUCACUUCCUGUGUUUAGUUUGUUUCCAUUGCUGCCUUGUUUGUUUCCAUAGUUACCCUUGUAGGUUUCCAUAGCAAUUCAUUACCCUCACCUGUCCCUUGUUAUCCUGUGCACUUAUACCCCAGUGUUUCCCUUGUUCAUUGUCUCUUGUUUUCCUUAGUACGUGUUACACAUGUGAUGUUUUCAGUUCAGUUUUGCCUGCCUUGCUCUGUGUUUGGAUUUACUUUGUUUUUGCCUACAUGUCCCUGUGCCUGGAUUUACUUUUGUUACAUUUGAAUAAUAAACAUAUAUUUGUUGCAAUUGGAUCCUACUCACCAUCUCUCUGAAACACCCUGCGUUACAAUAAACAAUCAUCCAAAAAUA